AUGGACACCAGAUCGUUUGGUAGCAGCGGCAGCAGUAACAGCAGCAGCAGCAGCGUCAGCGGGAAUGGUGGCGCCCCUGCGCUCCCUGAGCGUCCAGCACAAAGCUCAGUGCUUGCUCCAGUGUCCGAGGUGCCGUCGUUGCGAGGCAUGGAGAGGCUGUCCACCAGUAACCUUCGCAGCACCUUCCGUCCCAGCCUGGUCGUGCAGCACCGUGGUGACACAGCCGUCACACCUGAGCCGGCCGACGUCGCACUCGACAGCCGCGACAGAACUGGCCAGGCGUCCCGCGCUUUCGGUUCCGUGUCACCUCAGACCUCUCCCAGAACGAUACCCGGUGUCCCGGCCAGCCUGCCUGUGAGGCGCCAGGGUGUGGUCUUUAACGAUUCCUUUGCCGGGUCCUAUGAGGCCAAUUCGUCCAGUCCUCCGCUUCGACCGCCGCCCUCGUUUCGUCCCAGGACACACACGAUGGACGGUGCUUUCCGCCAACAGCUUGCCCCGACCGUCGAGGCACGACACCGCGUCGGCUCCUUUUCCUCGUCUCUCCCCGUGGCUGAUGAGCUCAGGCUGCCGCCUCUCCAGCCACCCCUUGACUCAUACCGACUCCCAGAUCUCCAGCAGACAUCACUCAGCACGUCUGCUCAAAAGGACAAGAAGUCGGCAGGCACCCGCAGUCGUUUGACAAAACGGCCCUCGUCUCGGCCCAGCUCGCCCCUGCUUUCCCUCCCGCCAUCAGUUGACUCGUUGCUGCUGCCCAUACCCACAACUGAUGCGAACAAGGUGCUGCUGCUGAUGAAGAAUCUCUGCGGCAGGAUGCGAGGCGAUAUAGAGUACCAGCGAGAAAGCGGCGGGCCCUGGCACAGCGGUGUAUGCUAUAUAGAAGAGGAUAAAGGAAGCCUAAUGUUUGACCCAGGGGACCGGGGCCCUUUUCACACCACACUGGUUCCUGACCUGCGUGGGUGCAGGGUGGUGCCAAUGGAACAAAUGGAUGGAGAAUACCAAUGCCUGGAACUCAUCGCUCCCCAGCUGACAUCAACCCUUCUCUUGCGGCCGCUGGUGGCCGAAGAGCUCGAUCUCUGGCUGGCGGCGCUUCUUUGCUGGCAACAACUGCGACCGCCCGCUUCAAAGCAGACACCACCUCGCGCGACCACCACAGCAGCUCCAGCACGACCCGAGGUCAAGCGCCGUGUGUCUUCUUCGGGCCUGCGCGACACCCCCGUAAUCAAAGUUGGCAAGGUCAUGCUGUGGGACAAGGGCAUCGCCACCUCCCCUCGCGCCAUCGUCAAACGACCCUCGACCCGUGAUCUCAAGUCAGCGCAAACUGCAUGGAGAAAGGUGUCUUGUAUUCUUCAUGACAAUGGUGAGCUCAAGCUCAUGACGGAAAAUGAUGUAACGGUGCUCUCGGUCAUUGAGCUGCCUCAGCUAGCCAGGUCAGCCAUUCAGCAGCUGGACAGAUCUGUGUUGGACGAGGACUACUGCCUGGCCAUUUUCCCCAUAUACUCGUCGACCUCCACCCAGCUUUCGAUUUUCAGACCAAUAUAUGUGUCACUAGAGUCGCGGGUGCUGUUUGAGGUCUGGUUUGUGCUUUUGCGCGCAUUCACUGUUCCUGACGUCUACACUCUGGAUCCCGCCAGUGGAGGACAGGUGUGCGAGGUGGCAGAUCUCCAAGCUGAGCCUCCUGGUGAGACCUUUAGGCUGGAGAAGACAAUAUCUGUGAGGGUUACUGAGGCCAAACUACGCGGGCGCACCCUUAUUGCAGACGGACAAGCUUCGGAUCGCCAUAACAAGAGCGCCGAUCACGAAGGAAUCACGGGCAAUUAUCUGGCCGAAGUCAUCCUCGAUGGAGAGGUCAGAGCUCGCACGACAACCAAGAUGAACACCAAAAAGCCGUUCUGGCGGGAAGACUGCGAGUUUGUAGACCUCCCUGCGUCGCUGCCUUAUCUGUCGGUCCUGCUGAAACGGAUUGAUGGAAACAUGGAGAGCUUCACGCAUCAACUGCAAGCUACUUUGGGGUUGGCCAGGACAGGCAACCUGGCUGAAGUUCUCUGCGGUGCUGUUGAUAUACCACUGCAUCAGCUCGACCGAGGAAAGGAUCACGAGCAGUGGUUUCCGAUCUGCGAUGAGAGACACCAGUCUGUCGGCUCCAUGCUGGUACGACUACAUCACGAGGAGCUUGUGGUGCUCCUAUCUAAACAUUAUCAGCCGCUUUCAGACCUCCUGCAUCGCUUUAGCUCUGGACUAACGGCGCAAAUUACCGAGGCCCUCCCCGGAAACCUGCGGCGCGUCGCCGAGACGUUUCUCAACAUAUUCCAGGUUUCAGGCACCUCGAACGAGUGGCUGAUGAACAUGGUUGAGGAAGAGAUUGACGGCAUUGGAAGCCAGGCCACGCUGAAAAAGCCCAGGUUCAGCAGUCGGCUCAAGUCCAGUGAUUCCUUAGAAUCCACGAGCGAUAGGGAGCAAAUUGUUCGCGAUAUGGGCAAGUCGCUUCAGGGUGAGGCCAAUUUGCUGUUCAGGGGCAACUCCCUCUUGACGCAAGCACUCGAGUUUCACAUGCGCCGCCUUGGAAAGGAAUAUUUACACGAAACACUGGCCGAGAAGAUAUUUGAAAUCAACGAGCUCAACCCCAACUGCGAGGUCGAUCCCAGCAAGUUGCAGCAGGGCGAGGAUGCGCAGCAUCAUUGGAAUCACCUCAUCCAGCUGACAAGCGAGCUUUGGGGCUGCAUUGCUGCAUCAGCGUCACGGUUACCACCCGAGCUCCGGCAUAUUCUCAAAUACAUUCGUGCUGUGGCCGAGGAUCGAUACGGAGAUUUCCUCCGCACCGUAACCUACACCUCGGUGUCUGGCUUCCUCUUCCUUCGCUUCCUCUGCCCAGCUAUUCUCAACCCGAAACUAUUUGGCCUCCUGCGCGACCACCCUCAACCCCGAGCCCAGCGCACACUAACCCUCAUAGCCAAGGGUCUCCAAGCCCUCGCAAACCUCUCCACCAUCGGCAAGAAGGAAACCUGGAUGGAACCCAUGAACCGCUUCCUGACCGCACAGCGCCAGGCCUUCAAAGACUUUCUCGAUGCCGUCUGCGCUAUCCCCGCCGAACGCACCAAAAUGACCCUCCAGGCCUCCUACUCAACCCCAGUCGCCAUCAUGGGCCGGCUAUCACCACUCGCUCGCGAAGGCUUCCCCUCGCUACCCUACCUCCUUGAUCCCGGCCGCAACUUCGCCGCCCUCGUCAAGCUCUGGAUGGACGCCCACCCCAUCACCGCCAGCGCUUCCAAGGUGUACACAGGGGACCUUUUGAAAUUCCACACCAUGUGUGUAGACCUCUACCGCCGAGCAACAGCCUGCUACUCCCAGAUCGAAACCCUCCGCAGCGCCGUCGACGCAGUCAGCCAGCUCCCCGACAAUGACCGCAUCAGCCUCACCGAUGCCCUUGAUCGGAUCAGCCUGGGCGACACACUGCACAUCUCACCAUACAGCAACAGCAGCCACACCGCCUUCUGGUUUGACGCCGAGGGCCGCCCGCCAGGCUCGGCGGGGAGUGAUGUCGUGCUCGAUCAUACAUCCCUGGCGCUUUCCCCGAGCAGUCACAGCAAAUUUGACUCGAGGUUUGGUGGAGGGAACAGUGGGGGUGGCAACAACAGACAGGUCUCGAGAAGCAGUGAGAUGUCUGGUGCCUAUGGUGGCGGCAACCCUGGCGGUGGUGGUGCUGCUGGCACGGUGCGCAACCUGCCUCGGAAGCUCCUCAAUGGCUUUAUUCGUAAGGCGAGGACGGUUUCACCUGAUAUGCCUGAGGGCGCGACGAGCUCCUCGUCUACCCCCAGCAGUGGCACGCCGUGGGAUCGGGAGCAGCAGGUGCAAGAAAGGGGAAGAGACAAGCAAUAUGAGCGGGAACAUAAGCGGAGGGAGAAGGAUAGGGACCGGGGUAGAGAUAGGGAUUAG